ACGGUCCGAAAGGCUACACAGAAAAACUGCAGGGGGCAGUUUCGGUAUAUGAUUUGGUCUCUUCAUAAUCAUCUCGUCAUCUUCACCGGGGGCGCUCAGCCAUUCUAAGCAAAACCCUAGGAAACAGAAAUGAUUCUUGAUAUAAAACAACGUCAAUGCACUAUCUGGGCGGUCUGAAUAUUGCUUGCAUUCUGUUGUUUCCCUUCUAAUUUCUUGCUUGGUAUCCUGGUUUCCGUGAAAUUAGGGUUUCGCGUCUUCAUUGCUCUUCCCUAUCUUGAAUAGCUGAUUAUUUAACAGGAAACAGCCAUGUCCCCGCAAAAAUUGUCUAAAGGAGAUCGACCCAUUGAUCAGUGGAGAGUAACUGAGCUAAAGGAUGAGCUCAAGAGGAGGAAAUUGAAGAUAAAUGGACUGAAAGAUGAUUUGAUCAGAAGACUGUCUGAAGCAAUGGAGAAAGAGAUUGAAUCUGCUGAGGAAGAUGCUUCUAAUAAUGAUUUUGAUGCUAAAAAACCUAAUGGUGAAGAAGAAGAAGCUGCAGAUGCAGUUGAUGAAAAAUCUGAACUUCACAUUGAAACUGGAACAACUGCAUCACCUUGUAAAGUGAAUGCUCAAGAUGUGGAAAUGAAAGAAGAGGUGACGACUGUUCAAGAUUCGAAUCUAGAAAAGGGUCUAAUGGGGACUGUUGUUGAUACUGCUGGCAUAGAAGAGAACUUGGUUGUUCAAGAGGCAAAUGUUGAAACAAAUGUUAUGGAAUUGGAAACUGUUGUUGAUACUGCUGGCAUCAAAGAAAACUUGGUAGUUCAAGAGGCAAAUGUUGAAACAAAUAUUAUGGAAAUUACAGUAGAAACAACAAGUGUCAAUGAAAAUGAUAUGAUGCCUGAAAUAGCAGUUAGUGAGGUUCCAUGCGAUGAGUUGAAGCUCGAUUCUUCUGAGCCAAGUAACCAGGUAUCUGCGGUCAGUCAAACUUUAGGGUUUACAGUAAAAUCUAAUUCUGUUUCUUGUGAUAUUAUUAACUCAACUAAUGAAAAAAAUGACCUAAAGGAUAACAUAAUUGCUGAUAAUGUGAAACUAGAACUAGAUGUUAAGCUGCCUGAGUUGGGGCAGCCAUCAUCAGAUGGUGGCUCGCCACAUCCCAUUGAUGUUGUUGAUAAACCAGAGAUCGAGAUUAGCAUGAAAAAUGACAAUGGAGAUUUGAUUCCAUCAGAAAGGUUAAAUCUGGACAGGAUUUCUGUUGAUGAAUCUCUGGAGGAUGAUGAUGCAUUAGAGAGUAAGCAAUUGGACUCUCUGAAUGCUAAUGCUGAAGCUGUAGUUGAUGAUUUUGAGAAACCUGAAGCCUCUGUGGUGAUGGUGGUGGAUGAGCAAACCCAAGCUCCUGUUGAAGAAACUAUAAUCGAAAUACCUGCACCAUCUGUAAAACGAAAGUCUGACCAAGAAGGUGACACGGGGGAGGGGAAGAGACCAAGGAGGUGGAAUACCAAUAAUAACCUCCACGUUGAUCAACAUGAAACUGCAAAUAAGGAUGGAUCUUCUUCAAAUGUUCUGAAGGGAAAUGCAAUAUCUAGAACUGAUUCAUCAGCAGUGAGUGACGGUGCUCCAAAGGAGAGAAUUGUGCCUCCAUCUUCAAAACCUCCUACAAAUUCUCUGAGGAUUGAUCGUUUCCUGCGCCCCUUUACUCUGAAAGCUGUCCAAGAACUUCUUGGGGAAACUGGCAAGGUUACCAGUUUCUGGAUGGAUCAUAUUAAAACCCACUGUUAUGUUACUUAUUCUUGUGUGGAAGAAGCAAUUGAGAGUAGAAAUGCUGUUUACAACCUACAAUGGCCUAGAAACGGAGGUAGGUUUCUUGUAGCUGAGUUUGUCGAUCCUCAGGAGGUAAAAACACGAGUAGAGUCGCAUCCUCCGACGAUUCCUCCAACUGCUGUAUUAGCCCCAUCCCAUCGUCAAAUCCAACAACAGGCUCGUCCAGCAAUUCCUCUGCUCCCACCACCACCACCACCCUCAGCUACAGAAGCAGCAGCAAAGAAGGAACAACAACUGCUUCCUUCGGCACCAUCAGGUGAAGAGAAAGUUGUGGAGGUCCCAAUCUUGACACUGGAUGACCUUUUCAGGAAAACUAAGGCAACGCCUCGAAUCUACUACCUGCCUUUAUCUGAUGAACAGGUGGCGGCUAAGCUCAGAUCACCAAAGCAGCCAACCAACCGGAAUUCUAGGGAUUAGAAGAAGAAGGAGAAGAAAUGUUAAGUCUUUCUGAAAUGUGGUUUGGUUAAAACUAUGUUCUUUCUUAGGUAGAUGUUUAUGGUGCUGACAGAAAUUGAACUAGUGCCGGUUGGAUCAAUUAAAACUAUUAUGGAACUGCAUUUCUCUUUUAA